AAUUCACAGGGCGUGGACAGAGUUUUCGUGGGCAGGUGAUCCGGAGUCGUCUCAAUCAGUCGUAAGCGAAAAAAAAUCCAAUCCAACGGUAGAAGUGGUGCCGUGUGUAUGCACGGGUGGGAUGAAAUCCCAAUCAAAGAAGCUAGAUGAACCAAAUAGGGAGGGGGAUGGACUUCAACGCGUUUCCCUCUCCUCUCGCCGCCCUCUUUUUAUUUUAUAUUUCCGGGCUCCAUUGCAGCGAUAUUCGAUAGAAGGAAGGUCGGUAGGUUUGAGUUAAACCUAAUAGAUCGAAACUUGAUCUUCUUCUUCUUCUUCUUCAUCCGAUUGUCGGGUUGAGAUUACCGGUGCUUUUCUAUUCCCCUAAGUGGUUUCGCCAUGGCAGCACUAAACGAACUACUUCCACCUGUUAAAUCAUCGACCACCUCGUAUUACGACCACUCAAAUGACCCAUGGUUCAAGCAACGCUUUAGUUCUUCUGAGGCAGAACAGUCUACCACUGCCAAAGCCAAUCCAGUACCUCCAUACUUGAAACGUGCUGGUUUUGUGCCCCGAAAGCCCGAGGAUUUUGGAGAUGGCGGUGCGUUUCCUGAGAUUCAUGUCGCCCAGUACCCUCUUGGCAUGGGAAGGAAGGAUCAGAAGCCAGGCUCAAAAAUCCUUCCACUUACUGUGGACUCCCAUGGAAACGUUGCCUUUGAUGCAAUUGUUAAGCAGAACGAGAAUGCUUCGAAAAUUGUAUAUUCGCUGCAUAAAGAUCUCGUCCCUAAAAUUCUGACAGAUGAAGUGAAAGAAUCUGAAGAAUUGGAGAAAGAGAUAGAUGAAACAACAGAGCGCACAAAAGCAGCUCUUGAAAAAAUUGUCAAUGUCCGAUUGAGUGCGGCACAACCGAAGAAUGUGCCAACGCAAUCAUCUGACUCAAAGUUCAUUAAGUAUAAACCAUCACAACAGUCAGCAGCGUUCAAUUCAGGUGCAAAAGAGAGAAUAAUUAGAAUGGUAGAGAUGCCAGUUGAUCCACUUGAGCCGCCAAAGUUCAAGCACAAAAGAGUCCCAAAAGCCAUGGGUUCCCCACCCGUGCCAGUUAUGCAUUCCCCACCUCGUCCCGUAACAGUGAAAGAUCAGCAAGAUUGGAAAAUCCCACCUUGCAUUUCUAAUUGGAAGAACCCCAAAGGUUAUACAAUCCCCCUUGAUAAACGUCUUGCAGCAGAUGGACGAGGCCUUCAAGAAGUCCAGAUUAAUGACAAUUUUGCCAAACUUUCUGAGGCAUUAUAUGUAGCGGAACAGAAAGCUAGAGAAGCUGUUGCAAUGAGAUCAAAGGUCCAAAAGGAGAUGCUAUUGAAGGAGAAGGAAAGAAAGGAGCAGGAGCUGCGAGCAUUGGCUCAGAAAGCCCGAGCUGAGAGGACUGGGGGUGCACCACCCCCGGCAGCUAUUCCCAUCCCUACCGAUAGGACAAUGAUGGAUAGUGGUGAUGUGAGGGGGGAUCAUGAAAGAGGGAGGGAAAAAGAGGAGCCUGUGAGGGAGACAAAGGAAGAGAGGGAGGAGCGCCUGCAGCGAGAAAAGAUUCGUGAGGAGCGACGCAGGGAGAGGGAGCGAGAGAGAAGAUUGGAGGCCAAAGAUGCUGCAAUGGGUAAGAAGAGUAAGAUCACACGUGAUAGAGACCGUGAUAUUAGUGAAAAAGUGGCGCUUGGUAUGGCUAGUACAGGAGCAGGACGCGGGGAAGUCAUGUAUGACCAGAGGCUGUUCAACCAGGAGAAAGGAAUGGACUCUGGAUUCGCAACUGAUGACCAGUACAACAUAUAUGAUAAGGGCCUGUUUACUGCACAGUCCACCCUGUCUAGCUUGUACAGGCCUAAGAAGGAUGCGGAUGCUGAUAUGUAUGGAGGUGCAGAUGAGCAACUUGAAAAGAUCAUGAAGACUGAUCGCUUCAAACCUGACAGGGCAUUUACUGGUGCCCCUGAGAGUGCAGCUCCCAGAAGUGGCGCAGUGGAGUUUGAGAAGCAGGCAGAAGAAGCUGAUCCAUUUGGAUUGGAACAGUUCUUGACGGAGGUCAAGAAGGGUAAGAAGGCCAUGGAAAAAGUUGGGAGCGGAGGGACCAUGAGUGCAAGUGCUGGAUCUUCAAUGCGUGAUGGCUAUGACAGAGGUUCUAGUAGAACCCGCAUUGGAUUUGAGAAAGGGCGUUAGGAGAGAUUUUUAUCUGGUUAUGAUUGAACUUUUGUGCGUGUGCAUAAGAAUCUAAAUUUGUUUCUCCUUUCUUUUACAUGAAACCUGUGGACUAGGACUCUUGAAGUAGAAGGUUUCUUUUCAUGUAACAUGUUGUCUAGCAAUAUAUUUUGCUAUAACAAUUGAAGCCUCCAGGCAUUGGAUAUUGAUCUUUUAUUCUUUUUA